ACUGACCAAAAUCUUCACUCUCACUCCUACAAACUCGUCAAUUCCUAAGAAAAUAACAAGUCACGCAUACACACAACACUAAUAUCCACCACACAACAACGACAAUGCCCGCCCCAUCCCCCCUCAUGAUCACGACGCAAGCCGUCCAACGGCUUGUCAAGGAGGAAAAGUACUACCGCAAGGAACUCGCGCAGCAGUCGGAGCGCGUACAGAAGCUCGAGAAGGACCUCCAGAGCAGCACCGACCAGAACGCCGAGUUUGUCUUGAAGCAAGAGCGCCAAGCCAUGCAAGAAACCCGCGGCGUCUUCGCCCCCCUGCACACCCGCAUCGCCGAAGCCGUCGAGCGCCUCGAGGAACAGAUCGCCACGGCCGAGAGCGAGAGCGGGCCCGCCGACGAGCUCAAGAAGGCUUCGGAAGCGCUUGAGCUGGGCAAGGGGCUCGAGGAGCCGCCCGCGGCAGCGUGACCGAAGAUCAAUACGAUGCAAUUGGAGAGAGUACCAGACCUCAGUGAGGUAUGAUGGACAGGGGCUAGGAGGAGGAUUGCGGAAUGAAGAGUGUACCUAAAGAAGGAACUAAUCACUUACUACCUACGUACAUACCAACACAAUGCAAAUGAUACCACUUUUUUAUUUCGAAAGAGAGGGCUGGAACACCCAUCCACCCAUCCACACACUCACUCACAUUAGGUGAAACCCUACUUGUGUACCUAAUA